CAGUGAAACUCCAUCAUCAUCCACCUCCUCCUCCUCCUCCUCCUCUUCCUCCUCCUCCUCCUCCUCGUCUGUGCCACUCAGCUCCUCUCUCUGAUAACGGACACCUGCCUUUUUUAGGAACAUCUAUAAAAACCUGCCGUCAUGUCCUCAGUCCUGCAGAAGCUCGUCAGCCCCAUGACCAGCGGCCCCGCCGAGCCCCCCAGGAACAAGGUGACGGUGGUGGGAGUGGGUCAGGUGGGCAUGGCCUGUGCAGUUAGCAUCCUGCUGCGGGACCUGUGUGACGAGCUGGCUCUCGUGGACGGGGGGGAGGACCGUGUGGAUGGGGGGAUAGUGCAGCACGGCAGCCUCUUCCUGAAGACGUCCAAGAUCGUCGCUGAUAAAGACUACGCAGUGACCGCCAACUCCCGCUUGGUCGUGGUGACGGCGGGUGUCCGCCAGCAGGAGGGCGAGAGUCGCCUGAACCUGGUGCAGAGGAACGUGAACGUCUUCCGGUCCAUCAUCCCCCAGAUCGUCAAGCACAGUCCUGACUGUACUCUCAUCGUCGUCUCCAACCCCGUGGACGUGCUCACCUACGUCACCUGGAAGCUAAGCGGUCUGCCCAAACACCGCGUCAUCGGCAGCGGCACCAACCUGGACUCGGCUCGCUUUCGCUACCUGAUGGCCGAGCGCCUGGGCAUCCAUUCCACGUCCUUCAACGGCUGGGUGCUGGGCGAGCACGGAGACACCAGUGUGCCUGUGUGGAGCGGAGCCAACGUGGCUGGAGUCAACCUGCAGAAGCUGAACCCUGACAUCGGUACCGACUGUGACAAAGAGCAGUGGAAGGACACACACAAGGCUGUGGUGGACAGUGCCUACGAGGUGAUCAAACUGAAGGGCUACACCAACUGGGCCAUCGGUCUGAGCGUGGCCGACCUGACGGAGAGCAUCGUCAAAAACAUGAGCCGCGUUCACCCAGUCUCCACCAUGGUCAAGAACAUGUACGGCAUCAGCGAGGAGGUCUUCCUGUCUCUGCCCUGCGUUCUGAACAGCAGCGGCGUGAGCAGCGUCAUCAACAUGACCCUGACGGACGACGAGGUGGCUCAGCUGAGGAACAGCGCCGACACGCUGUGGGGCAUCCAGAAGAACCUGAAGGACAUUUGAGCGUACGUGUACCCCUGUAGUCAUCACUCCAGCUUUACCCCCUGAAAAUACUACAAGUACUACUUAGCACAGCAGUGAUUCUGCUGCCAGCUGUACACACACACACAC